AGGUCACCACCCUACUGGUGGGAUGAGGACUCCCUGUGUGAAAUUAACACAUGAAGGGAAUUUAUAUCACGGUAGCCUUGGGCUGGUUUUUGCAAAUUAAGUUUGGCAGAAACGAGCCUCAGCCCUGUCCAGGCAGUAUUAAUUUCGUACUGGUGUAGCCAAGGUGUUUCCAUGACGUUUCUACCCUGAGAGGUUAUGAGUCUGGUUUCCAUUAGGACAGUGAGUCUUGCUGAGUAAAUCAUUGUCUCUUUAGUAAAAACUGCUGUUGACCAAGAGCGAUUACCUUCAGUAAAACUCGAUUCACACAGUGUAGCAGUUGGAGGAGAACAUGUGUGAAUGUGAAGGAUGGUGUGUCAGCCAGCAGAGGCGCCAGCCAACUCCUUCAGAAGACUUUUGCAGGUAAUAGUCACUAUUCGGCAUUCAGGAAAGAAACUUUGUUUCUCCCAGCGCACUCUCAGACCCAUGGUGUUCAGCAUCUCUCAGCUAACCAUGCUUACUAAGCUGAGUAUGUAUCAGGGACACGCAAUUAGUAAUUUACAAAAAUAAAUAUAACCAUCAUGGGGCCCUAAAUGGCGACCUCUUCUCGGCCCCUGCAGGUGGGCAGAGGUCAGAGGGUUGCUGGCGUCUCUGCAGUGGAACAAGGGAGAUCGGUGAAUUGAACGAUUGCUAGAUCUUGGUACGGACAACAGGAGUGGAGACGCCCCUUCUAGUGGCUGAGGGUCCUUCUGCUCUGGACGUCAGCAUUUGCUACGGGAUUCUUCUUUCUCUACAUCCCCACACUCCCUGACCCAAACUCUCUCUUUAAUUAUAUUUCGUCAUGAAUUAGGCCUUUAACAGUCAGAUUUUACAGGCCUCUAGGCUUCUUGCUCUUUAGAAUUUGAAUCUCAAGGGGGUGAUGGUUCCCCUUGCUUCUAAGCUCUCUGGGGAAGGUUCACUGUUCAAGACGAAGGCCUAUGAUGGCCAGUUUCCAGGUAGGGUUCUGUUUAAAUGAUGCUGUUACGACUUGUCGCUUUUUCCAGGAGGGCUGUGUCUUUGUUUUGGUUUACUCUCCAUACCAACAUUGCUUUGUUGCUGUGGAUAUAACAAUUUAUAUAAAAACAUUCUGCCUAAAGGUUUUAAACGUGGGAUUUAUCUGUCAUCUGGUCACGUAGCAGUUCGUGUCAUGAUGGUACAGGAUGUUUGGCUUGGUGACACUCUCCAGCUCUGGGCUGCCUGGCAAUGUUUCACUUAGCUGACAUUUUUUGUUUGUUGGUUGGUUUUUGUUUUUGUUUUGCAUUUUCACUGUGCCAGGUACCUUGUUAGGCAGAGUGAGAGAAUAUGAAAUUGAAUAGCUUUCUCUGCUUUCUAGAUUCUUAGUCUAGUGGGACAGAGAGACAUGUAAAUAAAUACGUAAUGAUGCUGUUGAGUAAUGUUUGUCAGAAUACAGAAGGAGGUGAGAGCCACAGCUCCCAAAGGCGGUGAGAACACAUGGAGGACUCGUUGGCUGGAAAGAAAAUGUUCUUGGGGAAUUUCAGGAAGUCCGUAGCGCCUAGGGUUUGGGGUGACCAGGGUUCAGUGGUAGGGAAUGGAAAUUCUGGUGGAGGUCAUCGUCUGGUAGGGCCUCUCAUCCUGUGGGGUUGGGAGAGUCAAUGGUAUGCAUAUUGAAGAAACACACAAGAACGUUUUUUCUAAACCUGUGACUAAAAUUAAACACCUACCCCUGGAGUAUGUGGCUUCCUCGGUUGAAGAGCUAACUAAACUCUGUGAGCCCCUUAUCUCACAUUUAAUAAGGAUGCUGAUAAUGACGUCAUUGGGCAUCUUACCUAAAAUAGAAUGCCUUCAAUGGAGCCUGGACCAGAGUUGGCAUUCAACGCGUUAUGUCCUCCUGUCCGUCCUAUACACCUCCUGAUUCUGUUCAACAGACGUUUGCACCAGCACCUCCGGUAGAUUUGACAGGCACUGACCGCAUGAGCCCCUCACCUCCUUCGUUCCUUUCCUUUAUUGAGCGGUCCACUUUAGUAUUUGUUCCAUCUUUUGCUGAUGGAGCACAGGUGAAAAUUUACCUUUGCUGGGUGUAGGGUUUUCUCUCGCUUCUUGACCGUGGUCCCAGAACGGUCACAAGUGCUGGCUUGUGUCUCUCUUGGCCAUCCUGAUUUUCUCUUUUCUGUACUCAUUGAGAUUUGGGUACCUGGGUCUAAAAAAAUGGAAAUGAAAUGAACUUUCUAAAAGAAGUGUACUUUAACUUUUUCUGGGUAAAUCAUCUUAUCUCUUGUUUUGCAGACCUAAGCCUGACCCCAGUGUGCAUUAACUUGGAGCCCUUCAGUCUUCUUCUUUUUUAAACUUGGUAGAAGAGAGGGGUAAGAUGCCUAGUUUUACAAAGCUCAAGUUCAAAGAUUCUCAAGUGUGAUUGAAAAUAGCUCCUGAUGACACAUCGUUUCUUUGGACUUUAUCUUGUUUCUGUCUUUGGACUACAGACUUACCUAUCUGGUUUCUCCAUAUCUGAAGGUUAUGUUCCAUUAGUAACUGUCUCCUGAGUGACAGGGGUCGUAUUCCUAUCAGGGUCCGCAGCAGUUAAAGCACAUUUACGGAAUUAAUUUUCACCUGGUGUGUUAAAACUGCACCGUGGCCCUACCUGCCACUUGAAGGGAGGGAAGAGAAGUUUUGGAUUUCGGUCUUUCUUUUAAAACGGAAAUGGCGAUCACCAGUUGGGUAUCUCUGCUUGAGCAACACGCCAACGAAAAGCCUGGAGCCCCAGUAGAUGAAAUCGAUGUGGGGAAAUUGGAGGGUCUCGGCUGCCAGACCAGCCCUUGAUGACGGAGGCUCAGUUUAGGGUUCUUGCAAAAGCAAACUGAAGAGGAACCUGAGCGGUAUCCUGAGAAAGAAUAGAGGAAACUGAUGUGACGGAGUCGUUGUUGGAAAGGUUUUUCCUGUUGAAGCCUUCAUUACUUGAGAGGUAAAGGAACUGGCCAGAUGUCUUAAGGGAUGCUUUUGAAAAGGACAGAGGUGUUCAAAAUUAUUACAGCAACUGAGAAGCAAGUUGGUUUUGGAGGAACUGUACUCUGAGGAUGUUUGCUUCUAUACAAGUAUAGAAGAAGCCUUUGUAAAUAACAGUGUCAUUGGAUUUACAUCAGUCUUUCCGGCGAGACUUGGAGCUUCCUGCGUCAUCGGUAGACAUGAGUGACCCCAGGCAGUCACAGGAAGAGCAGCAAAAGGUCGGCAGAGCCUCGUCGAAGUUCAAGGGUCCUCCCAGAAUCAUGCAGUCCGAUGAUUAUUUUGCUCGAAAAUUUAAAGCCAUCAAUGGCAACAUGGGACCCACCCCUUCCUUAAAUGCUUCCAGUUCCAAUGAGAACGGUGGUCCGGCUAACGGUACCCCGGCCGUGCCCAAGAUGGGUGUCAGAGCAAGGGUGUCUGAGUGGCCUCCUAAAAAGGACUGCUCCAAGGAGCUGACCUGCAAGGCCCUGUGGGAAAGCCGGUCGCAGCCCAGCUACGAAAGUGUCACGUCCAUCAUGCACAACGGGCAGAACAACCAGAGUGACCGCCAGCAAGAGGAGCCGCUCGACCUCGACUUCGUGGAGGCGAAGUCUACCGUCGGAGACAUCUUCGUUCACUCUCCGCAAAGAGGACUGCACCCCAUAAGACAGAGGAGCAACAGUGAUGUUACCAUCAGUGACAUCGACGCGGAAGAUGUCCUAGACCAAAACGCAGUGAACCCCAAUACCGGGGCCGCCCUGCACCGGGAGUACGGGAGCACGUCUUCCAUCGACCGGCAGGGCCUGUCGGGGGAGAACUUCUUUGCUAUGCUCCGAGGCUACCGGCUAGAGAACUACGACCACAGGGUGAUGGCCCCGUUCGGGUUCCCCGAGUUUUUCCCCUGCGACCCUGCAAUCUCCCCCAGCCUUCACGCCGCAGCGCAGAUUUCUAGAGGCGAAUUCGUGCACAUCUCAGGAUUAGACUAUAUGGACAGUGCCCUCCUCCUGGGGAGAGACAGGGACAAGCCUUUCCAACGGAGGUUGAAGUCGGAGUCCAUGGAGACGUGCCUCUUCCGCAAGCUGCGGACCGUGAAAAGUGAGCACGAGACGUUCAAGUUCGCCUCUGAGCUGGAGGACGGGCGUCUGGAGAGGGGCGUCCGCCCUUGGAACUGCCAGCGCUGCUUUGCACAUUAUGACGUCCAGAGCAUCUUGUUUAAUAUCAACGAAGCCAUGGCCACGAGGGCGAACGUGGGGAAGAGGAAAAACAUCACCACCGGGGCCUCGGCGGCAUCCCAGACCCAGAUGCCCAUGGGCCCGACGGGCAGCUGUGACUCCCCGCUGGGGAGCAAAGAGGACCUCAACUCCAAAGAGAACCUGGACACGGACGACGGGGAUGGGAAGAGCAACGACCUGGUCCUCAGCUGUCCCUACUUUCGGAACGAGACAGGCGGGGAGGGCGACCGGAGGAUCGCGCUGUCCAGGGCCAACUCGUCCUCCUUCAGUUCCGGGGAAGGCUGCUCCUUCGAGGCCUCCCUCAGCUCUCACUGCACCAAUGCGGGCGUCUCGGUCCUGGAGGUGCCCAGGGAGAACCAGCCAAUCCACAGGGAGAAGGUCAGGCGCUACGUCAUCGAGCACAUCGACCUGGGGGCCUAUUACUACCGCAGGUUCUUCUACGGCAAAGAGCACCAGAACUACUUUGGAAUCGAUGAGAACCUCGGCCCUGUGGCAGUCAGCAUCCGGAGGGAGAAGGUGGAAGACCCCAAGGAGAAAGAAGGGUCCCAGUUCAACUACCGGGUAGCUUUCAGGACGAGCGAGCUGACAACCCUGAGAGGAGCGAUCUUGGAAGAUGCCAUACCCUCUACCGCCAGGCAUGGGACUGCGCGGGGACUCCCUCUCAAAGAAGUCCUGGAGUGCGUCAUUCCAGAGCUGAGCAUCCAGUGCCUGAGGCAGGCCUCGAGCUCGCCCAAGGUCUCAGAGCAGCUGCUCAAGCUUGAUGAGCAAGGGGUGUGUAUCACGUGGGAGACUCUGAGCUUUCAGCACAAGAUCGGGAUCCUGUAUUGCAGAGCCGGCCAGAGCACCGAGGAGGAGAUGUACAACAACGAGACGGCCGGACCAGCUUUUGAAGAAUUCCUCGAUCUGCUGGGCCAGAGGGUGCGGCUGAAAGGAUUUAGUAAAUACCGGGCUCAGCUGGACAAUAAAACUGAUUCUACAGGAACGCAUUCCCUGUACACGACGUACAAAGACUACGAGCUUAUGUUCCAUGUGUGCACCAUGCUCCCACACACGCCCAACAACAGGCAGCAGCUCCUGAGGAAAAGGCACAUAGGAAAUGACAUCGUGACCAUUGUUUUCCAAGAGCCUGGAGCACUUCCUUUUACUCCAAAAAGCAUCCGGUCCCACUUUCAACAUGUCUUUGUCAUAGUCAAAGUGCAUAAUCCAUGCACUGAAAAUGUGUGUUACAGUGUUGGAGUUUCUAGAUCAAAAGAUGUGCCACCGUUUGGUCCACCGAUUCCCAAAGGUGUAACUUUCCCAAAGUCAGCAGUAUUCCGGGACUUCCUUUUAGCGAAAGUAAUCAAUGCAGAAAACGCAGCCCACAAAUCAGAGAAGUUUCGAGCGAUGGCCACUCGGACGAGGCAGGAGUACUUGAAGGACCUGGCGGAGAACUUCGUCACGACCGCCACCGUGGAUACGUCCGCGAAAUUCAGCUUCAUUACCCUGGGUGCCAAGAAGAAGGAGAAAGUAAAGCCCAGGAAGGACGCCCACCUCUUCAGCGUCGGAGCGAUCAUGUGGCACGUUGUGGCGCGGGACUUCGGCCAGUCCUCGGACAUCGAGUGUCUCCUUGGGAUUUCCAACGAGUUCAUAAUGCUGAUCGAGAAGGAUUCCAAGAACGUGGUCUUUAACUGUUCCUGCAGGGAUGUCAUUGGGUGGACUUCUGGGUUAAUGAGUAUCAAAGUGUUUUACGAACGAGGAGAAUGCAUCCUUCUGUCCUCGGUGGACAACUGUGCCGAAGACGUCAGGGAAAUUGUCCAGCGACUGGGGAUCGUGACCAGGGGCUGCGAGACUGUGGAAAUGACCCUGAGGAGGAACGGGCUGGGCCAGCUGGGCUUCCACGUGAACUUCGAAGGAAUCGUCGCAGACGUGGAACCUUUCGGUUUUGCGUGGAAAGCCGGCCUUCGUCAGGGGAGCCGCCUCGUGGAGAUCUGCAAGGUGGCCGUGGCCACGCUGACGCAUGAGCAGAUGAUCGACCUUCUCCGGACCUCAGUGACUGUGAAGGUGGUCAUCAUCCAGCCCCAUGACGAUGGCUCGCCUCGGAGAGGGUGUUCGGAGCUCUGCCGGAUCCCCAUGGUGGAGUACAAGCUCGACAGCGAGGGCACCCCCUGUGAGUACAAGACCCCCUUCCGGAGGAACACCACAUGGCACCGAGUGCCCACGCCCACCCUGCAGCCCCUGCCCAGGGCCUCCCCGGUGCCCGGCACGCCUGACAGGCUGCAGUGCCAGCCGCUGCUCCCACAGACCCAGGCCGCCAUCCCACGCAGCACCUCCUUUGACCGGAAGCUGCCCGACGGCACCAGAAGUUCACCCAGCAACCAGUCCUCCUCCAGUGAUCCUGGACCCGGCGGGAGCGGACCCUGGAGACCACAAGCUGGAUACGACGGGUGCCAGUCUCCCCUGCUGCUUGAGCACCAGGGCUCCGGCCCUUUGGAAUGUGAAGGGGCCAGGGAGCGGGAGGACGCCAUGGAAGGAAGCAGACACCCCGAAACCAAAUGGCACGGCCCACCUCCCAAAGUCCUGAGCUCCUAUAGAGAAAGAGGCCUGCAGAACGAUGGAGGCUGCAAGGAUUCCCCCAAUAAGCUUUCUCAUAUUGGAGAGAAAAGCUGCCCCAGCCAUUCCAGCAGCAACACACUCUCCAGCGACACCUCUGGCAACAGCGAUGACAAGCACUUUGGGUCCGGGGACCUGAUGGACCCUGAGUUGCCGGGGCUUACGUACAUCAAGGGCGCCUCCACGGACAGUGGCAUCGACACGGCCCCAUGCAUGCCCGCCACGGUCCUCGGCCCCGUGCACCUGGCGGGCAGCAGGUCCCUGGUCCACGGGCAGGCGGAGCAGUGGGCUGACUCGGACAUCCCGGGGCCCGAUGACGAGCAGGCCAAGAUGUACGCGGUCCACGGCUAUGCGCCCAGCAUCUCCGCCGGCCAUGCUGCCGAUGGCAGCCUGGGCGACCUCAGCGAGAUCUCAUCCCACUCCAGUGGUUCACGCCAUUCAGGAAGCCCCUCAGCUCACGGUUCCAAAAUUAGUGGGUCUCUGGAUACGUCCAAAGUGUACAUCGUGUCUCACAGCAGCAGUCAACAGGCCCCGGGGUCCGUGUCCAAGGCCUACCACCGGCAAGGGGCCAUGAACAAAUAUGUCAUCGGCUGGAAGAAAUCGGAAGACAGCCCGCCACCCGAGGAACCCGAAGUGGCUGAGUGUCAGGGGCUGUAUGGUGAGAUGGGUCUCCUGUCCACCGCAGCUCAGCAGCAGGCAGUGGUGGGAGAUGAUGUCUCAGAAACUCAGCACGUGCUCUCCAAAGAAGACUUUCUGAAAUUGAUGCUUCCCGACAGCCCCUCAGCGGAGGAGGGGAGGAGAAAGUUUUCGUUCUAUGGGAACCUGUCCCCGCGCCGCUCGCUGUACCGCACGCUCUCGGACGAGAGCAUUUGCAGCCAUCGCAGGGGGUCUUCCUUCGGAAGCUCCCGAAGUUCCAUCCUUGACCAGGCCCUGCCCAGCGACAUCCUGUUCAGCACCACCCCGCCCUACCACAGCACCCUGCCACCCCGGACCCAGCCGGCGCCCAGCAUGGGAAGCCUGCGGAAUGAGUUCUGGUUCUCCGAUGGGUCCUUAUCAGAUAAGUCCAAGUGCGCAGAUCCCGGCCUGAUGCCCCUCCCGGACACGGCCACGGGGUUAGAUUGGUCCCACCUCGUGGAUGCUGCCCGGGCGUUUGAAGGUCUUGACUCAGAUGAAGAACUUGGGCUACUCUGUCACCACACGUCCUAUCUAGACCAGAGAGUGGCGUCCUUCUGCACCCUGACAGAUAUGCACCCCGAGCAGGACCUGGAAGGGGCCCAGGAGCUGCCUUUAUGUGUCGAUCCUGGCAGUGGCAAAGAUUUCAUGGACGCCGCUGGAGGGCGGCCUCCAUCCACACUGACCGGGAAAGUGAACCAGCUAGAGCUGAUUCUUCGGCAGCUGCAGACCGACCUUCGGAAGGAAAAGCAGGACAAGGCCGUGCUGCAGGCCGAGGUGCAGCAUCUGAGGCAGGACAACCUGCGGCUUCAGGAGGAGUCGCAGACGGCCACGGCCCAGCUGCGGAAGUUCACGGAGUGGUUCUUCAACACCAUCGACAAAAAGCCGUAACCUGAGCGCCGCCCAACCGGGGGCCCCGGGGAAGCCCGGGGUCCCUUCACAGUCGCCAACAUGUGGUUUCUCGCUGUGCUUCCAGCCCACCGUAGCUGUGCUUGCUGUCCCACUCUGUCUAGCACCACGCCCCCAGCAGCACAGGGAGCCGCCGUGUGACCGCGGAGAGCAACGCUCGUGAAGAUGAAUGUAACGCUGGUGUCGAGAUGAAUGUAAACUCUGGUGUCAGUGUGGCCCUCUGAGGCUCUGCUGAAACGGAGCUCUGCGUGGGCUUCCCUCCUGAGGGACGAGGGUUGGGUUUUAUGUCCUAUAUAUCAGGUGACUUGGUAGAGAUAUUAAAACAAUUGACCAUAGCUUGGGCUUUAGAAUUGUAAAAUAAACAUGAGAACAAAUAAUCAGACAUAUACUUUAAUGUUAAAGGUGCUCUAUUUUUUUGGAUGUACAGUAGUUUUUAUUUCUACAGCCACAUUAUCAUAGCAAUAAGAAAGAGGCAGGGGAAAUAGUUGGAAAAGCCGUGUCGGGAGGGGGACAGAAAAAGCACUGAUGUGUCUAACACGACUUCAAAUGCAGUUCCUUUAGAGACUUAUUUAUUUGCAGGAGCAAACGGUGCCUGAAUAUUAACAGUGUUCUGAUUAAAAAAAAAGAAAAGAAAAGAUACAUAUGCCUUGUAAAUGGCUCACUGAGUAGUUACUUCAACUCUUAGUUCACUUUUGUAUAGUUAAUGCUCUGUUGGAAAAAAAGAGUCAACCUGCUUACUUACGAGAGCUCCCCUGUGUGCCAUGAGCCAGCAGAAUCGCUUGUACGAUGCCAAAUUUGUUUUAUCUUUGUACAGAAGCUUUGAUGAAGUGUCUUGUAUUUAACACCCUUAUUUAAGCUUAUUUAACCUUAAAUUGUUAAUUUUAUAAACGUUGGUUUCACCUGCACUACUCUGGAGGGCGGUGUAGGUAGCAGCGGGCUCAGCAAAGGCUGAGCUUGCCCAAGCAGAGUGAGGAGUGGGGCAGGACCUUCCUUCUAACAACUGGAUGCUGCUAGUAACAAGUUGUUUGUAUUGCUUUACCAUUUUUAACUGUUCUAUUUGAGAUGAACGUACAUUUUGCUUUUUUAAUAAAUGUUUAAAAGAGUCCACACAA